AUGGAUGACUCCAUGAUGGACGACUCGGUCUUUGAGGAUGAAGCUAGCGGCUCUGACUUUGCUCCUGAGCCUGCGCCGAAACCCAAGGCCAAGGCAGCCCCUAAAAAGGCGCCCGCAAAGCCUGCUGCAAAGAAGGCUACACAGUCCAAACUAAACAUGAAGCCUGCUGCAAAGAAAAAGGCCCAACCCGGCAGCGAGGACGAAAUGUCUGACAUCCAAAUGUCUGACAAUGAUUCCCUAUCACAGACACCCCCGAAAGCCAAGAAAGCAGCUGCGCCUAAGCGUGCUGGCUCAAAGCCGCUGGGUGAUGUCGAGAAUGAGUCCCACGGGGGAGAUACCCCGACAGAAGACGCAGGCAAGAAUGCCAAUGCCUCGGACAAGUAUCAAAAGCUCACCCAGCUCGAACACAUCAUCAAACGUCCCGAUACGUACAUUGGAUCGACCGAGCGCACCACGCAGCAGAUGUGGGUGUACAAUUCGGCGACUGAAGUCAUGGAGUUCCGCGAUGUCUCCUUUGUUCCCGGUCUGUACAAGAUCUUCGACGAAAUUGUGGUGAACGCUGCGGAUAACAAGCACAAUGACUCGAACAUGAGCGAGAUGCGCAUCACGAUUGACCGCGAAGCCGGUGAGAUCAGUGUGUGGAACAACGGACGUGGUAUUCCCAUCGAAAUUCACUCGAAGGAGAAGAUCUACGUCCCAGAACUCAUUUUCGGUCAUCUUCUCACUUCAUCCAACUACGAUGAUAGCCAACAGAAGGUGACUGGUGGUCGUAACGGUUUCGGUGCCAAGCUUUGUAAUGUGUUCUCAACGGAGUUCACUCUGGAGACCCAAGACUCUCGACAGAAGAAGAAGUAUAAACAAACUUGGACCGAGAACAUGACCAAAAUGGGCAAAGCCAAGAUUACAGAGGGCAAAGGAGACGACUACACCAAGGUUACGUUCAGACCCGACUUUGCCAAGUUCGGAAUGGAGGGCAUUGAUGAUGACUUUGAGGCUCUUGUCAAGCGCCGAGUCUAUGAUUUGGCCGGAACAGCUAACGUUGCUGUGAAAUUGAACGGCACACGUGUUCCCAUUCGCAAUUUCCGGAAGUACAUGGAAAUGUACACGAAGGCGAUCCGCAAGGAGCGUGGCGACGAUGGCCCUCCAGCCAAGGAUGAGAUUAUUACAUGUAGCCCAGAUCCCCGAUGGGAGGUUGGUUUCGCUGUUUCAGAUGGCUCUUUCCAACAAGUCUCAUUUGUCAACUCCAUUGCGACUACCUCGGGUGGAACCCACGUCAACUACAUCGCCGAUCAAAUUUGCAAUCGCUUGUCCGAUCAAGUGAAGAAGAAAAACAAGUCGGGGGCAACAUUGAAGGCGGCACAGAUCAAGAACCACAUCUUCAUCUUUGUCAAGGCUCUGAUUGUGAACCCGGCUUUCACCUCACAAACCAAGGAACAAUUGACCACCAAGGCUAGCCAGUUCGGUAGCAAGUGUGUCCUCGACGAAGACUUCUACAAGAAGGUUCUCAAAACCGAGGUCAUGUCCAACAUCCUGCACUUUGCCGAGCAAAAGGCCGAUCAGAUCUUGAAGAAGGGCGACACUGGCCGCCGUUCACGUAUGAACAACCCCAAGCUAGUUGAUGCCAACAAGGCCGGUACCAGAGAUGGCCACCGCUGUACACUUAUCCUGACCGAGGGUGAAUCAGCCAAGGGACUGGCUAUGGCCGGUAGAGCAGUUGUUGGUCCAGACCUGUUUGGUGUUUUCCCUCUCCGCGGAAAGCUCCUCAACGUACGCGACGCUUCAUUCGACCAGAUUGCAAAGAAUGCCGAGAUUCAAAACAUCAAGAACUUCAUUGGACUGCAGCACAAAAAGGAGUACACGGAAACAAAAGGCCUUCGAUAUGGCCAUCUUAUGAUCAUGACUGAUCAGGAUCACGAUGGCAGUCACAUCAAGGGUCUUCUUAUCAACUUCCUUCAAGCUCAAUUCCCCAGCCUGUUGAAGAUUCCGGAAUUCCUUAUUGAGUUCAUCACCCCCAUCAUGAAGGUCUGGAAAGGUGAUAUCAAAAACCCGACCAAGUCGAAGUCGUUCUUUACCAUGCCCGAGCAUGACGCAUGGCAUGAACUUCACAAGCACGAACGUGGAUGGGAUCACAAGUACUACAAGGGAUUGGGAACAAGCACGACAGAAGACGCGCAGGUUUAUUUCCGUGACCUUGAUCGUCAUCUGAAAGAAUUCCACACCAUGCAAGAUGGAGAAUCCCAGCUUAUUGAAUUGGCCUUCUCCAAAAAGAAGGCGGAUGAGCGAAAAGAAUGGCUGCGUCAAUACAAGCCCGGAACCUACUUGGACCACUCCGUGUCAAAGAUCUCUUACACGGACUUCAUCAACAAGGAGCUGAUCCUGUUCAGUAUGGCGGACAACCAGCGUUCUAUCCCCUCCGUUGUUGAUGGCUUGAAGCCUGGUCAGCGAAAGGUGUUGUACACCUGUUUCCGCCGUAACCUCAGGAAGGAUAUGAAGGUCGUUGAGCUGGCUGGUCACGUUUCUGGACUGACAGCUUACCACCACGGUGACGUCUCUCUUCAGCAGACUAUCGUUGGUCUUGCACAAACUUUCGUUGGUUCCAACAAUGUGAACUGCCUGGAACCCAGUGGAAACUUUGGUAGUCGACUCCAAGGUGGUAACGACUGUGCCAGCGCUCGUUACAUUUACACUCGUUUGUCUCCAUUCGCGCGCAAGAUCUUUAGCACGGCAGAUGAGCCAUUGCUUUCCUAUGGUAUGGACGAUGGAAAGCAAAUCGAGCCCGAAAUUUACAUGCCGGUUGUUCCCCUGAUUCUAAUCAACGGCGCUGACGGCAUCGGAACCGGUUGGAGCUCUUCCAUUCCUAAUUACAACCCUCAUGACAUCGUGGCAAAUCUGAAGCGCCUCAUGAAGGGCGAGCCCACGGAGCCCAUGCAGCCCUGGUUCCGUGGAUUCACUGGUGAGGUUGUCGCCAUGGGCGGCGAUCGGUUCAAAUUCAGCGGUAUCAUCCGGGAGUCUGGUGACAAGGAGGUCGAGAUCACCGAGCUGCCAAUCCGCACCUGGACCCAGGACUUCAAGGAUAAGCUGGAGGAUAUCAUCAAGGCCGAGAAGGUGCCGUCAUUUAUCAAAGAUUACAAGGACUACAACAACCACACCAAGGUCCACUUUGUCAUCCAGCUUGACGAAAAGCAUAUGAAGACCGCCUUGAGUGAAGGAUUGGAGGAGAAGUUCAAGCUGAGCAAGUCCAUUGCCACCAGUAAUCUGGUUGCAUUCGACCCCGAGGGUCGCAUCACCAAGUAUAACGGCGUCGAUGAUAUCCUCAAGGAAUUCUUCGCGAUUCGCCUCAAGUACUAUGAAAAGCGCAAACAGUUCCAGCUGUCCGAUCUGCACAGGGAGCUUGAAAAGCUUAGCAAUCAGGCUCGCUUCGUGCAAAUGAUCAUCGAUGGAAAGUUGGUCAUUUCCAAGAAGAAGAAGCCUGUUCUCGUCGUCGAGCUCAAGGACAAGGGCUUCAAGCCCAUCGUUAAGGUGGCCCAGGCUGCCAAGAUGGGUGAAGACGAGCCUGUAGUUGAAGAAGGCGAAGAGGAGUCCGAGGAUACUGACACCGAAAACCUAUCCAACGCCUUCGACUAUCUCCUUGGCAUGCCCAUGUGGUCUUUGACUCAAGAGCGCGUGGAGAAGCUCCGCCGCCAGAUCGGCGACAAGGAAACGGAGAUUGACGUCCUGAUCAAGCUUUCUAAGGAGGAAAUUUGGAACCAUGAUCUUGACGAGUUCAUCAAGGAGUGGGAAUUCCAGCUCGAGGAUGAAGAGCGUCGUGCGCGCAAGGCGGCUGGUUUGGACCGUUCCCGUCGCGACUCCCGCAAGCUACCAACCGGCGGUAAUCGCGCUGCGGCUCCACGCAAACGCAAGGUUGCCAACGGUGAUGAUCCAGACGACGAAGAUUUCGGUGCCCCCAAGGCCAAGAAAGCCGCUGCGGCCAAGAAAAAAGAGCCCCAGACCAACAGCUUGAUGACUUUCCUCAACAAAUCAUCGUCCAACCCAACCCCAUCUCCUGCCCCAGGUCGGAGUGGUGACUCAGAUGAUGAUUUCGACAUGGACAUGGAAGUCCUUCCGAAGAAGAGCCGUGCUGCAGCGAAGCCCAAGGCUCAACCUAAGGAUGAGGGCGAUUCUUUCAACAUUGACGAAGUCCCUCAAGCAUCUAGAUCACCGGCUCAAAGCGCCGAUCCAUUUAACAUGGACUCCGAUAUGGACGUGGAUGAACCCCCUAAGCCCAAGCCCGCCGCAAAGCCCGCCGCGAAACCAGCUGCGAAACCAGCUGCGAAACGGGGACCAAAGGCAAAGGUCAAGGUAGAUGAAGAUUCUGAUGACGAUUUCUUGGAUAUCGCCAAGGAGGCUAAGCCUGCAUCAUCCCGUGCUCGACAGCCAGUCAAAUAUUCCGUGCCAAGCGAUUCGGAGAGCGACAACGGUGAUGAUCUUCUUGGGGAUGUCAGUCAAAUGGUCAAGGGCAUUGGUGGUGACUCGGCAGCAGAGUCUCGUCAACUCUUCUCGGAGCGGCCUCGAUCCGAAAGCGCAGCUAGCUUGAAGCCAGCCAUCAGGUCACCAUCCAAGGUCAACGAUGAGUUCGAUCCGGACGAGACUGAUUACAGCAAGCUUAUCCCUCAAAACUCUCCACGGCGCUCUAUUCAAGUCAAGCCUAAAGAUGCGAAGGUUGACAAUGAAGCAGAUGAGGACGAGGACGAAGACGAUGAGCCAGUGAAGCCAACUGCUAGAGGCAAAGCCGCCGCUAAGCCCAAGGCUGCUCCCAAGCCCAAGGCGGCACCUAAAGCCGCGCCGAAGUCCAAGGCUGCACCCAAGGCUACUCCCGACAUUUUCGACAUCGAUGACGACGAUGAAGAAGAGGCGGUGGCACCAAAAUCCAGAGCCAAGGCUGCUCCUAAGGCUGCAGCAGCACCCAAGGCCCGCGGUCGACCCAAGAAGGAGCCAGCAGCUAAGCCCGCACCCAAGCAGACCAAGCCAAAGAAGAUGGCCGAUGAUUACUCGGAAGAUGACAUUGACGCCAUGGCUAACGACAUCCUGGACUCACCGGCAGGCAAGGCCAAUGUCUCGGACGACGAGCCCGUUGUUGCGCCUCGUCGUGCCGCAGCAGCUCGUCCAGCUCGUCGCGGCGCCGCGGCACAGAAAUCUUAUGUCAUUGAGGAUGACAGUGAAGAAGAGCCAUCGGCCGAUGAUUUCGACGAUGAAGACGAGAGUGACUGA